AUGAUUUCCACUUAUCGACAACAACUAUCAUUAUUUAUCAUCGUUUAUGUUACAUUUUCAUUGACAAUUAAAAUUGUCCAUGCAUUUGAAAUUAUUCAUCCAAGAAUCAAUCAAAAAAUACUUAUUGGACCACAUAAUAUUAAUGUACAUCCAGGUGAAACCAUACAAUUACCUUGUAUUGUUUCAAAACAAUUUGAUGCUACUGUAACAUGGUGUUGGAAUGAUUUUUGCACAUUAGGUAAAGCACAAUUAGUUCGUCAUGAAACAACACAUAAUGGUCUGAUAAGUAUUUAUCAAUAUACAGCAUAUCCAAGAUUUCGAUUAUUCGUCAAUGAACGUCUUAAUCAUUAUAAUCUAUCGAUUACUGAUGUAUCAAAUAAAGAUGAAGGAAUAUUUCAAUGUCAAAUACAGAGAACAAUGCAUGCACAUGAAGCACGUUCAGAACGUGUUCGUUUGACCGUUAUUGCACCACCCAACGGUCAACCAAGAUUAUUACUACCAGAUAUGCCAUUAAAACCAGGUCAUUCAGCAAAUAUAACUUGCAUAUCAUCUCCAUCAAAACCAGCAUCCAAAUUAAUUUUAUAUAAAAAUGAACAAAUUCUAAUGUCAGAAUUAUUAUCUUCAAUGUAUAUCUAUGAAUUAGAUAUGAAUACAAAUAAAAAUUUAACUAAACUUAUUUAUACAAUCAAAAAUCCAGACAGUAGUUGGCAUAAUAUCAUUAUAAAAUGUAAACAAAUCUAUGCAUUUACAAACUAUCCUCAAUUAGAUGUUACAGCAACAAUACAAGCUUAUUAUAAACCAAAAGUUCGUAUUGAAUCACAAAAUCGUCAUCCAUUAACUGUUAAUUCAACAGCAACAUUUCGCUGCAUUGUUCAGGGUAACCCUGAACCUCAAUUUAAAUGGUUUGCCAAUUCAAUCGAUUUAACAUCAUUAACAAGUUCAGUAAUUAACAUUCCCUUAUCAAAACAUGUUCACAAUCAUUCAAUUGGUUGCACAGCAAUAAAUUCAGUUGGCAUGACAAAUACAAGUAUUCGAUUAUUAAUUCGAUAUCCACCGGUAUUGAUUAUUCGUCCACCAAAAUUUGUUACCGUGGAUUUGGAUAGUAAAUCAUCAUCAAAUCCAACAGUACUUCGUUGCAUAGUUGAUUCGUAUCCUCGUGCAAAAAUUACUUGGUAUCGUUAUGGAGAAUUAAUAGCCGAAGGUUCAUUAUUUAAUCUAACAAAUAUAACUAAACGAGAACAACAAGGAUUUUAUUCAUAUCAUAUUGAAACAGAUGGUUUUGAACCAAUAAAAAAUGAUUUUAUUAUUUAUAUCAAAGGUAAACCAUUGAUUUAUAUUCAAGAAUCAAAACAAUAUAAUCGAUUAUUUGAAUGUCAAGUUUAUUCUUCUAGUCCAAUUCUCAGAAUAACUUGGAGAUUAAAUGAUCAACCUAUUGAAUCUUCUGAUCAAUUAUCUAUAUCAACUACAUGUGCUGAUUAUAGUUGUACAUCAAAAUUAGCCUAUGAUUAUCCUAGAAUAAUUCCAUCAUCAAAGACUUUUAAUCGUUUAUCAUGUAUAGGAGAAAAUGAAUUUGGUAUUGAACAAAGUCGUCUUUAUCAAAUGGAUACAUCUGAUGAUCCAACUAUGAUUUUAGUAUCAAUUAUAUUAAUUACAUUUGUUUUAAUAAUUAUUUUCUCUAUUACUGCUAUUUAUUGUUGUUGUCGUGUCAGACGAAUUCGAAAAAAACAUAAAUGUUUAAAUAAUAAAAAUCUUCCUAUUGUUUAUGAUGAACAUUAUUCAAUUAAUGAACUUAUCAAAGAAGUUGGAUCUUUAAGAACAUGUAAUAAUUUGUUGAAUAAUAUUGAUAAAUUAUCAUUACAAAUGGAGUCAACAGAUCGCUUAUUAACAACAUCAUUUAAUAAUAAUAAUACAAAAACUAUAUUGGAUAACUUAUCAAAUGAAUCAUCAACAAAUAGUUCAGGUUUUCAUUCAAAAUCAACAACAACUAUAUUCAAUAAUGAAUAUAGUCCGAGAGUACCCGAAACAGUUGAGUUGUCAUUUUCAGGUGUAUAUCCAUUGUACAAAGGUCAAUAUCAAAUGAAUGUGUGA